UCUCACUAUCAAACACGAUCAUGGACCUCGUGCCAUACAUCUUUCACGAGCUCCAGGAGCCCGGCUCGCUGCUGUCUGACGCGUACAUAGGCGCUCAGCACUGCCUCAACAACCUGCUGCAGCAGCCGGUGUACACCGAGAUCGACCUCGCCGACCUGGCAAGACGGCUCGACGAGGCCGAGAGCGCCGCGACGUACCGCGCCCCCGGGGCCAAGUCGUACAACUACGACGACACGGGCUUCUUCUCGAUUUCGGUGCUGGAGAAGGCCAUGCAGGUGUGGGACCUGACGCUCGUCCGCUGGCGCGGCGAGGCGAUGCGUCCGUUCCAGGAGCACCCCGAGGUCCAGGCGGCGUUCAUCCUCAACCUCGAGUCGCACUGGUUCGCGCUCCGCCGCUUCGGUGACAGCACGCGCUGGUACAACCUCAACUCGUUCCUGCCCGCCCCCGAGUGGAUCUCGCCCACGUACCUCCAGAUGGUGCUCAAGCAGGCCGAGGAGGAGGGAUACUCUGUCUUCGCCGUGCGCCGGAGCGGCGAGGGUGCCGGCGAGGAGCCGACCGACGUUGGCGAGGCGGCUGGAUGGGAGGACGGCGGUAUUGGUAUCCUGCCCGAGUCAGGGGCGGACAUCAUGGCCAUCGAGCUGGGACCGGUGCACGGCCGAGGCGGCAGCGUGGCCCCGCCAAGCUUUAGCGUCGCGACUGGUGUUGCGGGCCCCUCUCAGCCGCGCUCGGCGCCUGCAGUCCCUGCGGACGAGGAGACGCCAGCGGCCGGCUCGGGAAGAUAUCGCAGACGCCAGGCUGACCCCGAGUCGAUCGACGUUGACGAGGAAGAUGAGGCACCGCAGGCGAGCAGAAGAGCGCGCAGCUCGCGGGGCGGAAGAGGGUCGUGGGCUCGCGACGCACACGAGCAGCUGCUCGAGGAGCUGAAUGCGCAAGCAGCCGAGGACGACGAGGAGCUCGACAUUGACGAGGACGAGCUGGAGCAGCAGCAGCAGCAGCCACACGCCGCCUCGGUGUUCGCGCAGCAGUUCUACGCCGGCCCAACCGACUUUGCGUACCACAGCCGAAGCUACGACGACGAGGACGAGGCGCUCCAAGCCGCGCUGAAGGCGAGCAUGGCCGACUUGCCGCCCGACUUUGUGCUCCCCGAGCUCAAGCCCAAGGAGCCUCUGCCCCGCCCUGCGGGCUCCGUCUCACCCCCCACCCUGCCUGCUCAGGCGCCGGAGCCAGUGCCCGACGACGAGGAGUAUGCGACCGCCGAAGAGGAGGAGGAGGAGCUUGAGGAGGACGACGACGACGCGCCUGCGCAGGAGCUGUCGCCUGAUGAGAUUCGCCGUGCGCGCCUCGCGCGUUUCCAAUAGAUGGCUAGUCCGUUGCGGCGGCGAUGUACCGCGGCCCGACGACAUGGUUAUGAGUAUAGAUUUCGUGAUGAACACUGUGUGCCA